AUGCGCACCUCACUUUCCGCAGCGACAAUUUUCCUGUCUGCUCUCCAACUAGCAACAGCCCAGACCUUCACAGACUGCGAUCCCACAAAAAAGACUUGCCCAGCAAACCCAGGUCUUGGAGGAACUGUCGAAACCGACUUCACAAAGGGAAAGAAUGAUGCGUGGACCUACGCCGAUGGCACGACCAUAAACUACGACCCAGCAAAGGGAGCUGUCUUCAGCAUCGCCAAAUCCACCAACGCUCCAACCAUGGCCUUUUCAAAGUACAUCAUGUUCGGCAAGGUUUCCGUCGUCAUGCAAGCCGCACCAGGUGCCGGAAUUGUCAGCUCAUUCAUCCUCGAAUCGGCUGAUCUCGACGAGAUUGAUUGGGAGUGGAUCGGAGCCGUCGACAUGGACGCGCAAUCCAACUUCUUCGGCAAGGGAAACACGUCCUCCUACGACCGUGGAGCCCACCACGCCAUGCCCGUCUCUCCAGGCGCAGUCAACGGUUUCCACACCUACGAGAUUGACUGGAACAAAGACGCUAUCAAAUGGUCUAUUGAUGGAAACUCCGUUCGCACGCUCCCAUACUCCUCCCCUCUCGCUCUCGGAGGCCAGAACUACCCCCAGACUCCAAUGAAAGUCAAGAUGGGCUCGUGGGUCGGUUGCGCAAGCAAAGAAGCCGCCAGCGACCCAAAGACGCAAGGAACCUGUGAGUGGGCAUCUGGACCAGCUGAUUUUGCAUCCGGACCCUUCGACAUGUACGUCAAGAGCGUGACGAUCCAGGAUUACGGAUGCGGAGGAGAUUACACGUACAGCGACAUGACCGGAUCCUACCAAUCAAUCAAAUCCUCCGGAAAGUGCGACGGAAACGCCAACACCGUCGUCUCGUCCUCGGAAUCCGUCCCUGCUAUCACCGGGUCUGCUACUGGCUCAGUCACCUCCACCGGCUCAGCAGUUUCCACUUCCGUCUCUACGACUGCUAAAUCUUCAUCUGCGUCCGCUUCUGCGUCUGCGUCUGGUUCUAGCACCCUCACCAGCGCCGUCAAGGAAGCCACCCAAGCUGCCGCCGCCAACGGCACAGGAACCGUCCGUCCAUCCCUCAACACGGCCGUCUCCCCCGUCCCAACAGGUCCUUCAGCAUCUGCUUCCAACGCCGCAGCCGCUGCGACCGCUGCCAGCGGCGCGAGCAGACCAAGCCACAAGUACGGCGCGAUGGAUAUCGGUGUCAUGGUUCUUGGUCUGGGAUUGGGCUAUUUGGUCAUGUAA